GAAUGUUUAACAUUGAGAGACUAUCAAUUGACUGGAGUCAACUGGAUGAUCAGUAGGAUGAAGAAUAAUUUAAGUGUUUUGCUCGCAGAUGAAAUGGGUCUUGGUAAAACUGUUCAAACUAUAGCGGUGAUAGGACAUUUACUGUAUGUAGAAAAACUGGCUGGACCAUUUUUGCUCAUAGUACCGCAAAGCACAAUGGACAACUGGUACAGCGAAUUCGCCAAGUGGCUACCACUUGCAAAUGUAGUUCUGUAUCAUGGUGAUCCUCAAUCACGAGAAAUCAUUAAACAGGAAGAGCUUAAAGUUGUCAAAUCUAGACCAAUGAGUAGAAUUGCAUAUUCGAAUUUUAUUCAUCCACGCAGUCGGCUCAGUGUGUUAACGCCAGCUCAACUGAAAGCGAUAAUUACUAAUCGCCUUAGAUACCGUGCUGACGUUGUAAUUGCUACACCUUCAAUAUUCCAAUGGCCAAACGAUCUUCAAGAAUUAAGAAGUAUAAGUUGGUAUUUAAUUACUGUAGACGAAGCACAUCAACUCAAAAACUCACAAAGUAAAAGGUUUAAAGAACUCUGCAGUUUUCGGGCGCGUUAUAGACUACUCUUAAGUGGAACACCGUUACACAACAACUUAGACGAGUUAUGGAGUUUGCUACACUUUAUGAAUCCCACACUUUAUCCCAGUUUAAGUUUAUUCAAACCUCGAUUUUCUGAAAUCGAGAACACAGCCAGUACUGGAGAGCUGAAACAGCAACAACUUCAAGAGUUGCAGCGGUGUUUAUCGCCUAUUGUAUUACGAAGAGUAAAAAGAGACGUUCUAAAAUCUUUACCUAAAAAAAUCGAGUGGAUUUUGCGUGUUGAGUUGUCUCCCAUACAACAAAAAUUCUGCCAAGACGUUAUCUUGCACAAUUAUGAAAGUUUAAGUAAAAACACUGGAGGUUCGAAAAUAACUUUGCAGAAUAUUUGCGUUGAACUGAAGAAAAUUUGCAAUCAUCCUUUCUUGCUCUCCUAUCACAAACCAAGGGAACAAUACAAUCACGAUAUUGUGUGGUCAUCUGGAAAAAUGGGUCUGCUUCACAAAUUGCUUAAGCGUCUUAAGGAAAAGAACCAUCGUGUUUUAAUUUUCAGUCAAAUGGUACGCAUGAUAAACAUACUUUCAAAAUAUUUGACAUUAAACGGUUAUAAGCAUCAGCGUCUAGACGGUACUAUGCGAAGAGACGUUCGAAAGAAAGCGAUGGAUCGUUUCAACGCUCCAGAUUCCGACGAUUUCUGUUUUCUUUUGUCUACUAAAGCAGGGGGGUUAGGUAUCAACCUUACAAGCGCUGAUACCGUUAUUAUUUAUGACAGUGACUGGAAUCCUCAAAAUGAUCUGCAAGCAGAAGCCAGAGCACACAGAAUAGGACAAAAAAAGACGGUACAAAUUUAUCGUUUAAUCACAAAAAAUUCAAUCGAAGAAGAGAUAUUAGAAAGAGCUAAAUCCAAAAUGGUAUUAGACGCACUUGUCGUUCAAGGAUUAAAUGUGUCAAAUACACUAACAAUGAAUCAGUCUAAAUCCGUAGGAUUUUCUCGCGAAGAACUAGGAAAAAUUCUCAAGUUUGGAGCUACGAAACUAUGGUCUAAGAACAAAACCUCAGAAAAUAAUUUAGACGUAGAUUUAGACGCCAUUCUUAAAGAAGCUGAACAGUCAAAAGAAGACGAUAUGUCUGUCCAGUUGUUAAAUAGUUAUAGUAACAUUACUGAUUUUAACUAUGAAGCUCCGGCCAAAGCGCAAGAUUCCGACAAAAUAAAAUGGACUGAAGUAGUUCCAUUGGAGGAACGCCUCAAAUACAAACAGGCACAAAAAAAAACAGGCAAAAAGAAACGAUCUAAGUUACUUGGUUUUGACCUUUACUUAUCAGACGAGGAAAACGAAAACGAUUCUACUACCCAGACCGCUGUAGUCAGCAGAAAAAAACGACGUGCAACUACCAAAUCAGUUAGUCCAGAAGUUGAAGAAACACCCUACUAG